AUGGGCUUGUUUCGCGUUCGUUUGAAUUGCAUUGAUCAUUAUCAAGCUUUGCCCAGCAGACAUGAUCCGCCGCUUCGCAAUGAUGUCCAAAUCCAAGGACCCCCGCCCUUGAAUGCAACCAGAGUGCCCGUGAUUCGGAUAUUUGGUUCGACCGAGUUCGGCCAGAAGGUUUGCGCUCAUGUGCAUGGGGUAUUCCCUUAUCUAUAUGUGGAAUAUGAUGGCAACUUGAAUCAAGAUGCAGUUGGAGCAUUUAUAUACCGCUUGCACCUCUCCAUCGAUCAUGCGCUGUCUAUAAGUUACCGACGCGAUCAAUAUGGAGACAAGGCCAAGUUUGUUGCGCGAAUCACGCUGGUGAAAGGAAUACCGUUCUAUGGAUACUCCGUUGGUUAUAAAUCCUUCCUCAAGAUCUACAUGUUCAAUCCCCUUGUCAUGACACGGUUGGCGGAUCUGCUACAGCAAGGCGUUAUUAUGAAGCGAAAAUUCCAGCCGUACGAAGCACAUCUCCAAUAUCUCCUCCAAUUCAUGAUUGACUACAACUUAUACGGAUGUGACUACGUCGAGUCCUCGCAGACAUACUUCAGAUCUCCAGUUCCUGCGCAUCAUGGGAAUACCGCCACGUCUUCAUAUUUAUGGAAUGAACACACUAUCCCCACCGCAUUCGUUACGAAUGAACUCACACUCCCUCGGGAAAGUUAUUGCUCGCUUGAAGUCGAUAUCGCUGCCCAAAAUAUUGCCAACAGAGAAAAAGUCAAAGAACGACGGCUUCACCAUGACUUUACUGAGUUUAUAAAUCCCCCAACUGGGGAUGUCAAAUUGGUCUCCAGCAUGGCUGGACUUUGGAAGGCCGAGGCUCGAAGGCGCCAGCAUCAAAUUUUAUCCAGCCAAAUGUCUUUCCAGCAUUUAGGAUCCUCUUUUCCACGAGAAGCCCUAGUGUCGAUGUCGGCGGAGCCUCGAUCGUCCCAGCUGCAGGCAUGGCUGCAUGAGGAAGAAUAUCGCCGAAAGGUGGAAUUCUUGAUUUCCCAAGAAAGGGAGCAAUGCCACCCGUCAGAGUUAAGCCUGGAUACAUUCUUGAGACCAUCGCCGCAUGGAAGCUCUGUAAAAACCGCUUUACAGUCCGUUGAAGAUCUCCACCCUUCCAAUUUAUUGCCUAUACUUGGGAUUUCGCCAAGUGUAGUACAGCCAAACGAAGAUCCUAGUAGCAGUAUUGAGGUCGACGAAGUGAAACUUCAGCUGUCUCAAGUAGAUGGAGAUACCCUGCCCGCAACAGAUUCGGAUGGGUCCGAUUUAGAGCAGGAUGCUGUAGCGAAGCAUCAAGAUGUAGCAGUGGAAAGUGUCGAUAUCGUAUCCCUUAAACCUCUGACGGUGCAAUUCAGCAAGAAGAUCGAAACUGUGAGAUAUACCACGCAGAUCCUAGGGGUUGUCGAAAGCGGUCUCAUAACCGGCCAGAUUCCACGAAUCCCGUUGCCAUCUAGACUGAUUGAAGCUGCGCAGCGCAACCAGCUCACCUAUAAUCAAGACCGGGGGGCUGUGGCCAGUCAAAGUAUCAAAGCUACGAACAAACGGACGGCAGCAUGGCCAUCAGAUGGCAACGUUGCCAAAAGGGCCAAGCAUGGUGCUGCAUCCCCGGGGAGAUCUUCACCUCUUUUAUCAGAGGCGGAUGAAUUAGGCUCUUCUUAUGAAGCGCAAUCUGACUUUCGCUCUGUGACUUAUGCGAUCCAUCCGCCUUCUGUUGCUGAUGUUACUUGGAAAAGUGAAUACAACCUACCAGGUGUCAUAUACCAGGAUGCCUUUUAUAGUAAUGAGAAAGAUCUUUCAUUACGUCGACGGGAAUACGCCGGCAAGGAGUUCCAGCUUAUCAGUGAUACCCUGCCAUUCCUGCCCGAGUUUGACCCAACGGGCAAUACUUCGCCAGCCUGGAACCCUAGUGCUGAGACAGGACUCUCCUAUAAGGCUCGUAUGCGGCAAGAUGAUCAACAAUUGAGGAAGCGGUGCUCGUGGAGAAGCUGGGAGAUUGCGCAACCCGCGCCUUCUUAUGAUGAAGUUGCCGAGUGGACGAUUCAGAAUGGUGCAACUGGCAUUCCAACAACAAAACCAAGACCAAGUCGUCCAUGGCUCUCUCAAAUAGACGGACCAACGCCAAAAUCCAAGUACGACUUUAAAUACAGCCAAAAACAGCCCUCGGCGGCCGUACCGCAUGAGGCUCAAUACAUGAGCACGAUGAGCCUCGAAAUCCACGUAAAUACAAGAGGGAAUUUCGUUCCCAAUCCCGAGGAAGACGAGAUUCAGUGCAUUUUUUGGCAUUGGAAGGACGACGAAGCAACUGGUAACGCUACAAAUGAGCUGCUAGGAUCAUCAAAGUCGGGGAUUUUGGUCCUCUCCGUCGACGAUAUCCUGGCUGGGCAAAUAAGAAGCGCAGUACCUGAUGAAGUGGUUCAAGAGUCCUCAGAAUUGGAUCUUCUUAAUCGAAUGGUUGAGAUUGUCAGAUUCUACGACCCGGACAUACUCACUGGUUACGAAGUCCAUGGCGGUUCAUGGGGUUAUCUAAUUGAACGGGGCAGGCUGAAGUAUGAUUACGACCUUUGCAAUGAAUUCUCAAGGAUGAAGGCGCAGUCCAAGGGGCGAUUUGGUAAAGAGAGUGAUCAGUGGGGCUUCAACACAACCUCGACGAUUCGAGUAACAGGGAGGCACAUGAUCAAUAUAUGGAGGGCCAUGCGUGGUGAAGUCAAUCUUCUCCAGUAUACCAUGGAAAAUGUGGUGUGGCAUCUUUUACACCGUCGAAUUCCACAUUAUUCAUGGAAGUCUCUCACAUCCUGGCAUCGCAGUGGCAGAGCUCAGGACUUGAAUAGGCUUCUGAGAUACUACCGGACGCGGACCAGACUGGACCUGGAGAUCCUUGAAUCCAACGAGCUAAUUUCGAGGACUAGCGAGCAGGCAAGGCUUCUUGGAGUGGACUUCUUCUCCGUGUUCUCCCGGGGCUCGCAGUUCAAAGUUGAAUCCAUCAUGUUUAGGAUUGCAAAACCAGAGAACUUUAUGCUUGUCUCACCGAGUCGAAAGCAGGUCGGCCAACAGAACGCUCUCGAGUGUUUACCGUUGGUAAUGGAGCCUCAGAGCGCCUUUUACAGCAGCCCACUGAUUGUGCUUGAUUUCCAAAGCCUGUACCCAAGCGUCAUGAUUGCGUACAAUUAUUGCUAUUCAACUUUCUUAGGGCGGAUCACAGAUUGGCGCGGCAAGAGUAAAAUGGGUUUCUCCGAGUACAAAAGACAAGAUGGCCUUUUAAGUUUGUUGGGGGAUCAUAUCAACAUUGCGCCAAAUGGAAUGAUGUAUGUGAAAGCCGAGGUUCGGAAAUCUCUACUCGCCAAAAUGUUGACAGAAAUCCUGGAGACGAGAAUAAUGGUCAAAAGCGGAAUGAAACAGGACCAAGACGAUAAGACUCUGCAGCAGCUGCUGAACAACAGACAACUUGCCUUGAAAUUGCUCGCUAAUGUGACCUAUGGCUACACUUCUGCCUCGUUCUCGGGUCGAAUGCCGUGCUCGGAAAUUGCGGAUAGUAUUGUACAAACUGGUCGUGAAACACUGGAGAGAGCCACCGCUUACAUUCAUUCGGUGGAGCGAUGGGGAGCAGAGGUGGUGUAUGGAGAUACCGACAGCCUUUUCAUCUACCUCAAAGGGAGAUCAAGAGACGAGGCAUUCGCCAUCGGCCAGGAGAUUGCCCAGGCCAUCACGGAAAGGAACCCUAAACCAAUCAAGCUCAAAUUCGAGAAAGUCUAUCACCCUUGUGUCCUACUUGCUAAAAAGCGGUAUGUUGGAUACAAAUACGAGACUAAGGAUCAGACGACGCCCGAGUUUGAUGCCAAAGGCAUAGAAACCGUCCGCCGUGACGGUACUUCCGCGGAGCAGAAGAUUGAAGAGAAGGCCUUGAGGCUCCUCUUUGAAACGGCGGACCUGAGCCAAAUUAAAGACUACUUUCGGAAACAAUGCAAUAAAGUGAUGCGUGGCAAGGUGUCAAUUCAAGACUUCUUCUUUGCCAAAGAAGUCCGUCUCGGCUCCUACUCUGAGAAUGGCCUACCGCCUGCAGGGGCACUAAUCAGUGCAAGGAAGAUGCUGAAGGAUGCCAGAGCAGAACCGCAGUAUGGCGAACGAGUCCCGUAUCUGGUAAUAACAGGAGCGCCAGGUGCUCGGCUCAUCGAUCGGUGCGUCUCGCCAGAGGAGCUACUUCGCAACCCUCACUGGCAGCUGGAUGCAGACUAUUAUAUAUCCAAGAACCUGAUACCUCCCCUGGAGCGAAUAUUCAACCUCGUUGGCGCCAACGUGAGACAGUGGUAUGACACGAUGCCAAAGAUACGGCGUAUCCACCGGACCAAAGGGCUGGGACACAAGAAACGGACAUUGGAGGCAUAUUUGCGCACCGCGAAUAUGUCGCUUUGCCGGUUCUGCUAUGCCAGGAUACCUGCCUCGCUGCUGACUCUGCAGUCGAGAUUAACGGCGGCGGAACGCAAAUACGACGAAAUACUACGCGUCUGCCAAGGCUGCGAGGGGGUCGGCCCUCUGGAAGAGGUUGGAUGCGAUAGCCAUGACUGUCCCGUGUUUUGGACUCGCAUGAAACUGAAGAACAAGAUGCUUCAUGAGCAAGCAGUAACGAUACCUGUGAUCCACGAGUUGAAUGCCAAGAUGGGGGGCCUUUCGUUGAAUUGGUAA